UCUAAACCAUUGACCUUACAAAUGUGCACGCUGCAUCAUUGUGAGAAUUUGUGUUUCUGGGCGGCGCAAAGUAGAGUGUAGAGCACAUCAGAGUGCAGGAUAUCUGAGCACAGCAGAGCACAGAGAGGCAGGCACAUCCGCCGCUGGAGGGAUCAAAUCUGUACCAUCUGACGCUCAAGGAUUUAUGGGUUUAGUCAAAAUUGCUUUUCCCACUGUGGAGAUUAAGCACCAUAGGAUGUUUUCCACUCAGACGGUAGAAUAGCCCAGUGCCGCUGCUGCUGUUUUUCUCCCUCUUAUCGACUCCGGCGCCGGAGAGGGGAAUGUCUCAGGAAGCCAGAGUGCUGCUAACCCUGCAGGGGAGCAGAUUCUGACUUACAGGAGAGGUCCGUCCUCCGGGGAAUGUGAAUCAUGCAGGUGGACGCCGUUCUCGUGCUCUUCUGCGUUUGGCUGGCGGGAGCCGCCGGGAGGACGGCCCAGCCGAGGGGUCACAAGCUGGAAACCUACAAACAGAGCAGGUCGCGAAGAGAGACCAGAAUGGAGGGGAGACUGGAGGGGAGGAUGGAGGGGAGGAUGGAGGGGAGGAUGGAGGGGGGUGGAGGUCACAAAUCUGGAAGUCCCAUUUACAAGCGAAGUCCAGACAUGACAAAGUCUCCAAUGACCAAAUCAGAGCAGCUCCUGAGAAUAGACGACCACGACUUCACCAUGCGGCCGGCGUUUGGAGGUCCUCCGAUUCCUGUCGGAGUUGACGUUCAAGUUGAAAGCCUGGACACCAUCUCUGAAGUGGACAUGGACUUCACCAUGACUCUGUACCUGCGCCACUACUGGAAGGACGAGCGGCUGGCGUUCCCGAGCACCACCAACCAGAGCAUGACCUUCGACAGUCGCCUGGUGAAGAAGAUCUGGGUUCCCGACAUGUUCUUCGUCCACUCCAAGCGCUCCUUCAUCCACGACACCACCACCGACAACGUCAUGCUGAGGGUUUACCCCGACGGCAACGUGCUCUACAGCCUCCGAGUCACAGUCACAGCCAUGUGCAACAUGGACCUGAGCCGCUUCCCUCUGGACACUCAAACCUGCUCGCUGGAAAUCGAAAGCUACGCGUACACGGACGACGACCUGAUGCUGUACUGGAAGAAGGGAAACGAGUCCCUGAACACCGACGACAGAAUCUCGCUGUCCCAGUUCCUGAUCCAGAAGUUUCACACCACCACCAAGCUGGCGUUCUACAGCAGCACAGGCUGGUACAACCGCUUGUACAUCCACUUCACCCUGAGGCGCCACAUCUUCUUCUUCCUGCUGCAGACCUACUUCCCCGCCACCCUGAUGGUCAUGCUGUCCUGGGUGUCCUUCUGGAUCGACCGCAGGGCCGUGCCGGCCAGGGUGCCGCUGGGCAUCACCACGGUGCUGACCAUGUCCACCAUCAUAACGGGGGUCAACGCCUCCAUGCCGCGGGUCUCCUACAUCAAGGCCGUGGACAUUUACCUGUGGGUCAGCUUCGUCUUUGUGUUCCUGUCGGUGAUCGAGUACGCGGCGGUCAACUACCUCUCCACCGUGCAGGAGAGGAAGGAGAGGAAGCUGAGGGAGAGAUUGCCGUGUACCUGUGGCAUCGGCAACCCAGACGAGAUGAUGAUCGACCCCCAGAUCACUGGCUACGGGUCUAUGGAUGUCAACACCACAGGGAAUUAUGGGAUGCCGGAAAACGGGGGCCGGCAGGAGCGAAUGCUGGCCCAGGUGGCGUUGAACGACCCCCAGAUUGCACGACAGGUGAAACCAUCCAGAGGCUACGUGAACAUUUGGAUAGACACGCACGCCAUAGACAAAUACUCCAGGGUCGUGUUUCCUGGAGCCUACAUCCUCUUUAACAUCAUCUACUGGUCCAUUUACUCGUAACACAAGUGCAACGUCCACGCGAGGCUCCAGCGCAGCUCAGCAGAGACAAUGACACUGAACCGAUUUCCAGACUCAUAGGAAGCGAGAACCACUGACAGACGGGUAAAGCCGAGCGGCAGACUCGAAUCCGCCUGGUUCCAUGUCUGCAUCUGUUGAAGUCCUCGAUAGAAAAGCAUCUAGACUUUUGCUGUUGCUUGGGAAACUUUUGCACGGAUGCACGUAAAGACAUGGGCCGGUGCUCGUGUGCAGUUUAACUCGCGCAUGGAUUCACCCUUCACUCAUGAACUCAAUCGAUGACAAACUGAGACUGUUUAGGAAUGGUGUGACAUUUCUGAGACGUGCUCAUGCACCUUGUGUGGGGGGUUAGUCCAUAACUUUAAUGCCUGUCUGACAAAUACAAGGCUUCUGCACAAACACUGGAAACAGGGACAAAAAGCAAAAGCGAUUCAUAUUUCUCAGUUCAACUUGACAACAACUGAAGUGAAUCUUUUCCAUUUCCUGGAUCAUUCUUUCAGAUCUUAGUUGGGACCAGUAACUUAGGCUCGUUUGGAAAAUAACCUCCUGUGUUUUACACUUCAGUUUCUAGACGUUAACUAGUGACCUGAGAGACGCUGGGAGUGUCCAGCCUCUGAGCUAAGCUAAGCUAAUCAGCUGCUGCUUUGUAGCUUCAUACCAAAGUGGUGUGAAUCCUCUCAUCCAACUCCUCCCAACCACAAGGACAAAGCAUCAUUUGCAUCUUUGUGGAACCUCGCUCUCCAGCUACACUUAAAGGUUCAGUUGUUUUGCGGCAUGGAACUAAAAUUCAGUAUGUUCUACUUUGUUGUGGUUUUUGUAUCGAUGCAAAUACAGUAUUUUAUAUGUUAGCGCUACAAUAGAAGCAAAUAUCACUGCACCGUUACCAGGCUGUUGUGUGAGCCUGUGUGAUGUCACAGGACGUUUCAUCAACGCUUCUCCUCAUUAAGCUAAGUUAGGGAGCAUAAUACUAUUAAAAAUAUUCAGAAUAAGUUGCACUGUGUAGCUAAAACGACUCUAUUGCAUCUGUCAAAGCUUAGUAAAAAGCAAAAUAUUGCAGUUUAUUGAAGUCACAAAUGUAAACAUGUUUAGUAAAUCCCCAAACACUGAAUAUGAUAAUGAUAUUUUUAAUGUGCUUCUUCUUCUUCUUUGAAUGAUACAACUGAAGCUCAUCUCCUAUGUUUGAUGUUGUGAGGCUCUGAAAUUCACUGUGACCUUUUAGCUAUUAGUUACGUUGUCUUUUCAGCUUAAAUCGACUUUAUACUUAAAGAAAAAAAAGUAUAUUAUAAAAAGUAUAUAUUUUGAUGGUUCAUAGUAAAGGUAUUACCCAAAAAAACUGCAGGUAUAAAUUUCACUCUGGAAAAAUGUUAUAUGUAAAAAACUGUUUAAUAAAUGUUUGUUUUCUGAAAAUAAUUGAAACUCAGCUUAGUUAGCGUACGUUAGGAUACACAAAACUGUACAGUUACAGUCUAUGUGUAGUUUAUACAGUAUAUAUAUGUGAUGUGUGUGUGUGUGUGUGUGUGUGUGUGUGUGUGUGUGUGUGUGUGUGUGUGUGUGUGUGUGUGUGUGUGUGUGUGUGUGUGUGUGUGUGUGUGUGUGUGCCUUUUUUCUGCAGACA